GACAGAGAGCCACCCUCCCUUAACUUUCACCUCCCUGACCUCUCCUUCACUAAUCUCCACCUCCGUAGCGUCCCUAACCUCUCCCGGAGCUCAGGGUCCGGCUCAGGCUGGCUCCAGAGCAAAGGUUGGAGUGGUUGCCUCUGGAAUGGAAGGGGUGGGACUUUUCUGAAAACGAAAGCGUGGGGUCUGAGUAGAAAGUGGGCGUGGGCGGUCCUGUGGCUGGGAAGUCCCAGCUGUUGGUAAUCAAAUGGGCUGUUCUGAAGGCCUUCCGCUGAGACCUGGUCUCAGGAUCCUGCGUGGCUGCCUUCCCCAGGACCUCUUCUGCCUGGGCAGUUAGUUAUCGGCUCACAUACCAGACUUGUCUUGUUGGCUUAACCGGAUCCCGUGGGUGACACCAAGGACGACCGAAACCAUCUAUUCUCAUCCUGUCCCAUGCUUUCAGGAAAGGCCCCCUAGCUUGCAGGGACCAUUUCAAGGCUGUGUGGUGAAGAUAAGUGGUUGGGUGCCUGCGGCUAGGGCCCUAGGGCACCAUCGUACCCUCCUCCAGCUCUGCGGUCUCGGAAGGGAAUGCUUCUUAAGGAGGUUCCUGUUUGAGCAGAAGUGAUCCUGCAUCUUGUGCUGACAGAGCUUUUCUGCUGCCAAGAUGCCAUUGCCAUGGACAGUGACCACUGGGCCAGAGCUCCAAAGCACCAAGGAGCCUGGGAAGCCACAGACCCUAGCUCAGGGCACCCGGAAGUCCAACAGUAUGAAAGAGCCAAGCAUUCACCACGGGGACACUCUGAAACCCAGCCUGAGCACCCUGAAGCGGACCCUCUUCCGGACCAGCCUGCCAGCUUCCACCCACAAACCUAAGGAGGACCAGGGCCUAAUCAGGCGAAGUUCCCGCCUGAUCCGGUCCUUGAGACGGGCCCUGGAUGAAGGCCUAGCUGCUGGGCACCCUCAAGUUCCUGCAGUGACAGAGAAGCCUUCCAGUGUCACUGAUGGGGUCAGUCGGCAGGCAUCCAUGGGGAUGGGACCUGAGGAUCUGGAACUCCAGGAAGAAAGCAAAUCCGUGACAGACCUCAUCACUGAGAGGCAAUUAGUGAAGGCCUUCGAACAGUUGCGGUACCUGGAGACGCGGCUAGUAGCAGACAAAACCUCACGCACCUUUGCGCAGGACCCCACCGCCUAUGCACGGCGCGCUAUGGAUGUUUGCCUACAUUACGACGGAAUAGCGGCGGAGAUCGGAGCCAUUGUGCGCGAGGCGCUGGGUUCCGAAGGCGUGGAUAGAGAGGCUCUAGCCGAACUGGCCCAGGUGGUGAACUUGGAAGAGGAGGCCCAUCAGGCCCCCCAAGCCGACGGUGACUUCUUGAGUACGCCCCGCCACUGGCGUCGGCACUGGAAGGACGCGGUGCAGCGCAGCGCCCAGGAGCGCGUGCAGCAGGCUGGCGUCAAAGUCACCCCAGGGGCUGCGGAGGGCUCUUCCGACCUAGCCCAGCUUCUGGCUGAACUCGGUAGCGUGGUUCGCCGUGACCUGCAGAAGGUGCGAUUAGAGAUACAGCCCGCUUACGAAGCCACCGAUUUCCCGGUGUGGGAGACCUACUUGCGUGCCUUUCACAGCGCGGUGGCCCAGCGUUUGCAGGAGCUGGCGCGAGACGCCCGCGGCUGUGAGCAGCUCUAUGUGCUGUUAGACUGGGCCGCUAAUGUGUACGGCAGUCCUGACUUCCUAGGCGCCCCAGAUUUGGCACUGCCCACCGAACCGCUGCCCCCACUCCUAGAGCCUGCUUUUUGGGCCCGACUGGAAAGUGACUACACUAACUUCCUAGAGACAAAGAUCACAAGCUGUUUUGAUAGCAUCUUGCAGCUGGAGCAGAGUCGCUGGGAAGCCGGCGAGGAGCUGGAAGUUCUACAGGGCCUCUACCAUACGCCCCUGUCCAUCGAUGUGCACAUGCUCGUGGCUGAGCACGUGAAGGCGGCCGGCGCUAUCUCCUCGGAGCUGGAGGCCACCACCCUGCAGAUCUGCGCACGUGCGCUCUGCCUCUUUGUGCCCAGGUUUGAAAAGGCAUUUCUGGCGUCGAAGGCGGUGAGCGCGUGCUACCUGGGCGCUUACAUUAACGCUUGCGUGGAGAUGAGAACCAGCCUUCUGGCCAGGUUCCCCGGAACUGUAAAGGAACUGGAGAAACCCCUCGUGGCUGCCACCAAUAGCUUCCAGAAGCACCUGCUACAGAUGGCACAGCAAGACAUACAGCCACUAUUCAAGAUGCUGUAUACCAAGAGCUGGCUCACACAGGACACACUGUGUCCCCUCAUGGACAAGGUGGUGGACUUUGCACAUCAUCUUGAGCAUGUGACCCCACUACUGGCACAGGAGACUCUGCAGGAGGUUCACCGUUUUGUGGUCCGCGAGUACCUGGGGCAGGUGCUGAGGCCCCGCGAGAGGUUCAGCGGCCUGGAUCGUGCAAACGGCUCCCAUAAGAUGAGCCUGGAUGCUCAGGCCAUUAGCAGCACUUUCCAGGGCUUGGGCUCUGAAGCCAAGUGGUUGGACCAAGCCAUCCUGUGCGUGGCUGAGAUCCUGGGUGAGACCUACAAAGACGACAUCCAGCGGCACCUGGAGACACUUAUACGCAGCUACCCAGACAUCAGGCGGGACCACGUACUGGCUAUUCUGGCGCUGCGCAGACUCGGUCGCCGUAGGAAUCAUAAUCUGUUGCAACACACCCAAGACUUGCUGAGGGCAGCGCCUGAGAUCAGGCCCUCCCCACGCCGUGUACUCUUUGAAGAGAUCGAAGUGCCCACCUCUGUGGACGUGCUGAUCACAUGCAUCUAGGGCUGAAGGGCAGGCAGAAGACGGGUAGGCGGAGGGUCUGUCACCCUUCCUGUGACUGACCCCAAGAAGGAAGCCCAGUGAGUCACUCUGGCCCUACCCGCAGCUCUGAAGCCUGAAGCCAUGGAAUUUUUGGUCUCAGUUAGGGGGAGUCAAGAGUGGAGGCAUUCCAAGCAUUUGUGGAGGAGUCUUUUGGGGUGGCUGAGGAUCCUUCCAGGACUUCAGGCCAGGAGGGUUUCCUUUUCUAACUGCCCGGUGUAUCCCCACUAUAGUAAGUAGCUGAGUAUUCUAAAAAUAAAUGUGAAUUAAAAUAGUA